UCCCAGGACCCUGGGAUCACGACCCGAGCCGAAGGCAGACGCUGAACGACUGAGCCACCCAGGUGCCCCCUGCUGUGGUUAUUUUAGAAGAACAGAGGAGAGGGUGCGCCGGGGCCCUUGAGGCUGCUGGACAGAGGCUUUGUUCCAGGCGGGGCAGGCCGGCAGGGGCUGGACCGCCUGGUCUCUCUCCCAGAAUACAUCCAGCCUGUGUGUCUCCCGGCUGCCGGCCAGGCCCUGGUGGACGGCAAGAUCUGUACCGUAACCGGCUGGGGCAACACGCAGUACUACGGCCAACAGGCUGGGGUACUCCAGGAGGCCCGAGUCCCCAUAAUCAGCAGUGAGGUCUGCAAUGGCCCCGACUUCUACGCGAACCAGAUCAAGCCCAAGAUGUUCUGUGCCGGCUACCCUGAGGGUGGCAUUGACGCCUGCCAGGGUGACAGCGGUGGCCCCUUCGUGUGUGAGGACAGCAUCUCUCGGACGCUACGUUGGCGGCUAUGUGGUAUCGUGAGCUGGGGCACCGGCUGUGCUCUGGCCCAGAAGCCGGGUGUCUACACCAAAGUCAGUGACUUCCGGGAGUGGAUCUUCCAGGCCAUAAAGACUCACUCCGAAGCCAGCGGCAUGGUGACCCAGCUCUGACCUGUGGCUUCUCCUUGAUGCACACGCCUCCAGGGCCCAAGUUCACCUAGGUGGCUCCAGCCCCACCUGGUGGGGUUCACCCUGGGCCCGGAAUGGGAUGUUUCUCUUCUUGGGCUGAGCCCACAGGUCCAAGGAUACCCUCCCUCCAGGCUCCUCUCUUCCACAGUGGCGGGCCCACUCAGCCCUGGGACCACCCGAGCCUCACCCUCCUGACCCCCAUGUAAAUAUUGUUCUGCCAUCUGGGGACCCCCAUCUAGGUGCCCGUGAUGACAGGAUGCUCUUUAAAUAAUAAAGAUGGUUUUGAUUAA